AGUAGAAAAUUAAACAAAUGUCAAAAAAUAUUUCAAAUUUUAAAUUUUGGAAAACUCAAUAAUUUUUAUUUCAUAUUUAUUACGUUUACUUUUAAAUCUUCCUUAUUUUGACAAUUCAAGGCAUGUACAAUUUAAAACGUACACUUCUACUAAUUAUUGUUGUAUUAUAGUUCACCCUAAUAUUAUUUAAAUAUUUUACAUUGUCAAAUAAAAAUUACUUUCCUAAAAUAUAUAUAUUUCAAAUAAAAUGCAUCAUCUUAUACAACGCGGUAAAUUAAGAUCACAAGUCAUAAAUGUACCGGAGGGUCUUCCCGAGUUAUUAUCGGAUAUAACAAGAGAAGUUUUAAGAUGUCAACCGACAAGCGAAUGUUUAUGUCAAUUCAUAAUUGAUUAUUUACAUUCUAUGAUAAUGGCACGGGAUAAAGCAAGAAUCGUCAAAUCUGCAAUUAAUCAAGCUUUGAAUAUCGUCGAUGAUGUCAUUGGUGAUAUGUGUAUUUGUGAUAUACCCAAGGAGAAGAUCGACUAUAUGUGUGAAGCAAUGGAAGAAUGUUUUCGACGUUUUUUGGCACAACGUCGUUGUGAAAUGGGAAAAGAAAAGGAGAUUAUAAAAUUUAAUGAAUCCGAUAUGUUAGAUCAACUCGUGAAGAAAUGUAAAUUUACCGAUGAUGAAUUGAAACUUUCCAGACCAGCUAUUGAGGCGGCCUAUCAAAAAUUCGUGAAUGCAUAUAUGACUGCUAAAGAUACUACUGAAGGCAUCGAUAAUUUAUAUCAAUAUUUUCGCGAACGCGAAAUAAAACGCAUGGAGGAAAAGUUACGCAUAGAGGCAGCUGUUAAAAUACAGUCCAGAUUCCGAGGUUUCCUAACCAGACGAUCACUAUUCCUUGAUGAGCCAAUCAAACCCCCUUCAAUCACACGCCCAGAAAAUGAACAAGAUGUAAUGCAACUGGAUAUGGCUGCACGCAAAAUACAACAAUUUUUCCGACGUCAUAUAAGCCUUAUUGAAAAUACUGAUGAAGAGAAACAGUUACAAGAUCCCUGUUCUCCAGCUUCUAAUCUUUCAUUGACGGCCCAUCCAGUUGAUCAGCAAGGUCGUUAUGAAGAAAAGCCACAUGAAGAUAAACAAGACGAUCAUAUUGAUGAGGUGAAUGUUGAUACAGAACCCAUAAAUGAUAAUGUAACUGAAGAAGUGCAAGAUGAUUAAUAUUUUUCACUUAAUAUUAUUUUAAUAAUAUCAUAUUUUUAUUAUUAAAUUAACAAUAUAGUUUUUGUUAA